AUAGAAAAAAACUAAAGGAAUAAGUUAAGAGAUGCAAGGUGUUUAAUAAGGCAAGCAAAGAAAGAAGGAGGAAGGAAUGGGAGAGACAUCCUUUGCACAAGGGACACGUGUCUCUUCCAGGAUUUAAAGCAUCGUCAGCGAGAGACAGAGGGAGGAGAGAGAACCUUAAAGAAAAAGAGUGAAUAGACACUGGGUGAGAGAACGUGAAACAGCAGUGAAAGAGAGUUGUCAGUGAGUUGAUACAAAUGAUACUGUGACAUCCCGCAGGUGGCACUUCACUUUCUGGACAGGUUGUUGCUGCUUACACGUCUACGGCAUGGGGAGCAGUGGAACGAACCUUCCUACGGUGACGCACUUGGAGCUGCAGGAAUCCUCACUCACUAGCUUGGAUAAGCCUCCAGAAGAGGGUGCAACUGGGUACUACCUGCCAUUUUGUGACAUGUUGUACAGUGGUGAUGGAGGAAACUGGGCUCCUAAAAGUCUCUUGCCAAAUGGACAAAGAGAAGUUCAAAAGGAACCUGAGCAAUGUCCUGUUAUAGACAGUCAAGGACUUCAUCAUGAGCUGGAAUACCAAACAUCACUACACCUAGAGGAUCAUUCUUUGGAACAAAUGCAAACUAUGGUUGUAGGGGAAGUCCUAAAAGAUAUUGAGACAGCAUGCAAACUACUCAAUAUAUCUGCAGAUCCCAUGGAAUGGUCCUCAGGUAAUGUUCAGAAGUGGAUCUUAUGGACAGAGCACCAGUAUCGCCUUCCGCAAGUGGGUCGCAGCUUUCAGGAUCUAACUGGAAGAGAUCUGUGCUCCCUAAAUGAAGAUGGUUUCCGAGACAGGUCUCCGCUGUGUGGGGAUGUCUUGUAUGCUCACCUGGACAUCUGGAAGUCAGCAGCCUGGAUGAAAGAAAAGACAGGAUCUAGUGACAUGAGAUACUGUGGAGGAAAUGGAUCUGUUGGUGAAUGCUGGCCAGACACAGAAGUAGAUUCCUCCAGCUCUGGGCAGCCGAUUCAUUUAUGGCAAUUCUUGAAAGAGCUUUUGCUAAAGCCACACAGUUAUGGAAGUUCUAUACGCUGGCUAAACAAAGAAAAGGGUAUUUUUAAGAUCGAAGACUCUGCUCAAGUUGCACGCCUCUGGGGUAUCCGAAAAAACCGCCCAGCAAUGAACUAUGAUAAACUGAGCCGCUCAAUUCGACAAUACUACAAAAAAGGAAUCAUCCGCAAGCCAGAUGUAUCACAACGCCUUGUCUACCAAUUUGUGCAACCAUUAUAGAAAAUGUCAACCUAUAUGGAUCCAAGA